UCCUCGGUUCCUUCAUUCAUCAGCCUGCAGAGGACAGACUCAGACCGGAGCGUAGAAACACAGAGUUCAUUUACAACUCAGAGCUGAAACUAUUUCCUGCUUUGGUGAUACCGGCUGGAAGUCUCACUCGGAUUCUUAGUACUGUACAAAGAGCGGAGCAUGAACGGGACGAUCCGGUGAAUGAGUGACGGCACACUGUCCUCCUCCACGUCCGCAGCUGAGCUCAGCCCCGCAGGAUCCCCCGUCGGCUGCUGACUUGGACAAACAGCCCCCCGUCAUGGUCUCGUCCUCACCUCACGCCUCCAGGCUGAAGUAUGUAUCUCUGGGGGUCCUGGUGCUGCAGACCACCUCUCUGGUUCUCACCAUGCGUUACUCCCGAACCCUGAAGGAGGACGGCCCCCGAUACCUGGCCUCCUCCGCCGUGGUGUCGGCCGAGGUGCUCAAAAUCAUCACCUGCAUCUUUCUCGUCUUGAUGGAGAACAAUUACAGUAUGCGGGCAAUGAACCAGCUGCUGAAGGAGGAGAUUGUGAACAAACCCAUGGAGACCCUGAAGCUGGCCGUUCCUGCAGGGAUCUACACGCUGCAGAACAAUCUGCUCUAUGUCGCCUUGUCCAACCUGGAUGCAGCCACAUAUCAGGUCACAUACCAGCUGAAGAUCCUCACCACAGCACUGUUCUCCGUUUCAAUGCUGGGGAAGAAGUUGGGUUUCUACCAGUGGCUCUCGCUGCUUUUCUUGAUGGCUGGAGUCACUCUAGUGCAGUGGCCCUCGGACUCUGGAGGUGACACCGAGGAGAAGGUUGUGUCUGCAGGCUCCCAGUUCAUGGGACUGAUGGCCGUGCUGAUGGCCUGCGUGUCCAGUGGUUUUGCUGGAGUUUACUUUGAGAAGAUCCUCAAGGAGACCAAACAGAGUGUUUGGGUUCGUAACAUACAGCUGGGUUUGUUCAGCUUUAUAUUGGGCUUCAUAGGGAUGAUAGUGUAUGACGGCCAAAGCGUGAGACAGUUGGGGAUGUUUCAGGGCUAUAGCACCAUCACCUGCAUCGUUGUUGCCUUACAGGCUGUGGGCGGACUCGUCGUCGCAGUAGUCAUCAAAUACGCAGACAACAUCCUCAAAGGAUUUGCCGCCUCUCUGUCUAUAAUCCUGUCCACACUCAUCUCCUACUUCCUUUUGAACGACUUCAGCCCCACCGGGUUGUUUUUCUUAGGAGCGUUGCUGGUAAUUGCUGCCACAUUUCUGUACGGUCACGAGCGAAAACCCACCGGCAGCAGUGCCAUCAAAGUGUAGACAUCUGUGAGGUGAGAUGCCUGACAGGAGAGGUGGCAGCCGUCCAGCCUGGACACAGCAGGACUCUCUGAACUGUGACGACCAAUGUGGCGUCUGGAUGUUACGGAUGUGGGAAACACAGAAGGGAUUUAACCCGUUACUGUCUGACAGCUGCAGCUGUUUGUGAAUGUGCUCAUUCACUACUAGGGAAAAAAAUGCUUCUUUGCACAAAAGAUGGGGAGGAAUAUUGUGAAAUAAAUUUGCUUGGUAAGGUUUUUUUUAAAAGAGGGAAAUGGUGGAGCUACGUUGUCAUGUCGACACAAACUGAUGCAGUAAAACAAAACACACUAAGUACAAUUAAAAGGGAGAUUUUAAGGAAACCAUGAUGUCAUAGAUGUUUUAAAACUGAAGCUUUAUAGUUCAGUAUUUGUGUGUGUAUAUGAUAUGUAUGUUCAAAACAUAAAGGGUAUUAUUAAUGGU